AUGAGUAAUUCAGAAAGAAAUGAUUAUGGAUCGAUAAAUAUACAAGUACCCACUUUUGUGCCAUUACCAAUAGAAACUAUUUUAAUACCUCCUCCUUCUUCAUCUUCUUUUGUUACUGUUACUACUACUACUAUUAAUCCUCCAAUAACAACUACUACUACUGAGGGUAACGAUCCUUCUUCUUCUACUAAUAUUAUUACUACUACGACUACAAAUGGUAGGCAGAGUACCAUUACUACUACUAUUAAUACUAAUACUAUUACUACUACUACUACUAUUAUUAUUAUUACUACUGCUACUACUAGUAGUAGUAGUAGCUCAAUGAUAAUUACGCCUACUAAGCAUAGUAGUAGUAAAAAGCCUAUUUCUACUACGUCAACUAGCUAUACUACACCCCCUCCAGAUAGGACUACGAAUGGUCCUACAUCAAUUGUAAGGACUACACCCAUUGUUCGAAAUCCUAGUAGUCGGACUACUACUACUACUACUACCACCCUACCAUCAUCCUCUAUCACAAGGACUAAGAAUAUCAUUACAUCGACUCCCGUUCCUAUAGUAACCGUUACAUCCUCAGGAACAUUUAUUUAUACAUAUACUUCAACAUCCUAUCGCAGUUAUGAAACUGAAAUUAUUACAACAGAUCCAAUAGAUGAUAACAACAACAAAAAUGAAGGUGCCAUUGUAGGCGGUGCUGUAGGAGGUGUAACAUUUAUUGUUCUUAUAGGUUUUAUUGUGGUUGUACUAACUAAGCGUCGUCGUAAGACAAGUAAACACAACACUAGUAACACAGCAUCAAUGGACGACGAUGAAGGACUAGACCAAAAUGCUUUUAUUAUGGAUUAUAAUAAUAAUACAGCAAAUCAUCAUCCAUAUAGCAGUCACUCUCAUACCUUUGUUUCCAACACGAAUGGAUCGAUGAGCACCAAUAGUGUCAUCGCCCAUAAAGCAAAGCCUAGACCGUUUAUUCAGGCUUAUAAUCCUAGUACAGAUGAACAUUAUGAUGAUAUAUCAGCACAUCAUCAUCAACAACAACAACAACAAGAGUCUUAUUAUAAUAAUAAUAAUAAUACAGGUUAUUCAUAUGAUGUUUAUUAUCAGCAACAAGAACCUAUGAUACACAUUUCAAAUUCUACAAAUAGCAUGGGUCGAAAUGUGCCAGAUGAAAAUGAUUAUCAUAAAUAUGAAAGAACCCUUAAUAGGAAGAUUUCAAGACAUGUGCCUGAUGAAGUGACUAAGCAGUCUACUACAUCUAAUAAUAAUUUAAUUUAUCAUAAAUAA